AUGCCGGAGCCCGGGCCGGACGCCCCUGGCACGGCUAGCGCGCAGCCCCCGCCGCCGCCGCCCCCACCUCCCGCGCCCAAGGAGUCCCCGUUCUCCAUCAAGAACCUGCUCAACGGAGACCACCACCGGCCACCCCCUAAGCCGCAGCCGCCCCCACGGACGCUCUUCGCGCCGGCCUCCGCCGCCGCCGCCGCGGCCGCCGCCGCCGCCGCUGCGGCCAAGGGGGCUCUGGAGGGCGCCGCGGGCUUCGCGCUCUCGCAGGUGGGCGACCUGGCUUUCCCCCGCUUUGAGAUCCCGGCGCAGAGGUUUGCCCUGCCCGCGCACUACCUGGAGCGCUCCCCGGCCUGGUGGUACCCCUACACCCUGACCCCCGCCGGCGGCCACCUCUCGAGACCUGAAGCUUCGGAGAAGGCCCUCCUGCGAGACUCCUCCCCCGCCUCGGGAACCGAUCGCGACUCCCCGGAGCCACUGCUCAAGGCCGACCCCGACCACAAGGAGCUAGACUCCAAGAGCCCGGACGAGAUCAUUUUGGAGGAGAGCGACUCGGAGGAAGGCAAGAAGGAAGGCGAGGCCGCUCCGGGAGCGGCCGGGGCGAGCGUGGGGGCGGCGGCAGCGACGCCGGGCGCGGAGGACUGGAAGAAGGGCGCCGAGAGCCCCGAGAAGAAGCCCGCGUGCCGCAAAAAGAAGACGCGCACGGUCUUCUCGCGCAGCCAGGUCUUCCAGCUCGAGUCCACCUUCGACAUGAAGCGCUACCUGAGCAGCUCGGAGCGCGCCGGCCUGGCCGCGUCGCUGCACCUCACCGAGACGCAGGUCAAGAUCUGGUUCCAGAACCGCCGCAACAAGUGGAAGCGGCAGCUGGCGGCCGAGCUGGAGGCGGCCAACCUGAGCCACGCGGCGGCGCAGCGCAUCGUGCGGGUGCCCAUCCUCUACCACGAGAACUCGGCGGCCGACGGCGCGGCGGCCGCGGCCGCGGGGGCCCCGGUGCCCGUCAGCCAGCCGCUGCUCACCUUCCCGCACCCCGUAUACUACUCGCACCCGGUGGUCUCGUCCGUGCCGCUGCUAAGGCCAGUCUGA